AUGCCAGAUGUUACAACAACAGUUAUAACAGCAACAUCGCCAACAGUUGUUACUAGGCAGAAAUAUGAAGAAGUUCAAGCAGAGCUUGACGAAUUGAUGAAACAAAGAGAAAAUCUAGAAGAAAGUUUGUUGACGCUUGAAACCAGUAUUUAUUCAUCUGAAGGUUCAUAUUUAGAAGAAAGUGGGAAUCUUAUUCGUGGAUUUGAUGGAUAUUUGAAACCUUCCUCGCAACAAGAUAAAAAAAAGAAAGACAUAUCUAAAGAAGCUCGAUUAUUUUCUAAUUCAAGUUCUUCUUCUAGAAAGGUUAAUGGGUCAAUGGCAGAAGAUGAAAGUUCCAGUUCAGAUGAAUAUAAUAAGAUUAUUGGUAGAUCAUCAUUUACUACUUCAAAUAAAAGAUUUAAAAGAACCCAUAAAAAAAAUAAUAGCAGCGGCAGUAGUCAUAGUUGCCAAUCAAGCUCAAUGGUGACAUCAAAAUCUAAAUCAAAUUAUUUCUUUUUCAAGUUCAAUGGUACUAAAAAUUUCAUAUGGUCUAGCGUUUAUACUGGUACCGUUUGUUUUUGGUGGUUUUUAGGCUACAUUAGUAAUAAGAGUAGAAAUGGAUGGAAGACACAAAAGAUCGAUUGGAAUGAUGAAAUUGUAGUGAUUACUGGAGGAUCGAGUGGUUUAGGUGGUUUAUUGGCAGAAACAUUGGCUAUUAGAACCGUGACAACUAUAAUUUUAGAUAUCAAACCACCAGAAAUUGAGCAUUUCAAGACUUUCCUACCUGAUAUGAUAAAAAAUAACCAUGGUCAUAUUGUAUCUGGAUUUAGUGGCAUUUCUCAAUUAGGUGAUUAUUGUGCAAGUAAAGCAGCAUUAAUCUCAUUUCACGAGACAUUACGAUAUGAAUUGGAUACAUGCUAUAAUGCAAAGAAUGUACGUACAACGUUAGUUUGUCCAGGUCUUUUGCGAACAAAAAUGUUUGAUGGAGUGCAAGUCGAAUACCCUUUUAUUACACCACCCUUGGCACCUUUAGAUGUAGUAAAAAGGAUUGUCACGUCAUUAGAUAAAAAUCAAGGUGAAGAUAUCCUAACACCUUAUUAUGCUAAUCUGAUGCCUUUAUUAAGAUUCUUGCCAAGUUUCUUUCAUGAUUCGCUUCAUAAGGCGUUCAAAGUAGAUUAUGGAAUGAAAACUUGGAGAGGAGGGGAAAAAAAUGAUUAA